GUUUGCAUCUUUGCCGUGCGUCUUGCAUACACGUACGCACAGCAGCACAGCCGUGCCUGCAUCAAACUUCUCUGUACCUUUUUUUCUCUGCAGUCUAAAGAAGCCGAGUCCUGCUGUGCUGGCCGACACUUUUCUUUUUAUUUUCUCUCGUGUGUGUGUAGCCAUGGAACUUGAUGACCAACACCCAGAGCGCAGCUCCGUCCCGCGGGUGCAGUGCUGCGUCUGCGGUCUUGUCAUCGACAGCAAUCCAAGCAACAUGUGCCCCAGCUGCCUCCGCGCCCACGUCGACAUCACCGAUGACCUGCAGAAGGAGUACAUCCUCAUUCACUGUCCCGAGUGCGGCCGUUACCUGCAGCCGCCGAAGUACUGGGCUCGGGCUGAGCUGGAGAGCCGUGAGCUGCUCACGAUCUGCCUGAAGCGCAUCAAGGGUCUGAAUGGCAGCGCUGGCAGCAACACGAACGCGAACAAGGCGAAGCUGAUUGAUGCGAAGUUCCUCUGGACCGAGCCGCACAGCAAGCGCGUGAAGCUGCGACUCACCGUACAGAAGGAGGUCUUCAACAACAUUGUCAUUCAGCAGGCGUGCGUUGUGGAGUACAUCGUGACGUGGCAGCAGUGCACCAUGUGUCAGAAGGUUGCCACUGGCCAGCCGCAGUGGGACGCUUGCGUGCAGCUGCGUCAGAAGGUGAACCACAAGAAGACGUUCCUAUACUUGGAACAGCUGAUUCUGCGGAAGCGGCUGCACGAGAACUUUAUCCGCAUCGAGGGCCAGCCCGACGGCCUGGACUUCUUCUUCGCCCAUAAAAGCCACGCGAUGAACUUCUUAGAGUUCUUGAACAGGACGGCCCCCGUGACGCGCCGCGAUGCGGUGCAGCUCGUCUCGCACGACUCCAAGAACAACACGGCGGUGCAGCACUUCACCUUUGCCCUCGACAUCGCCCCGCUGUGCCGCGAGGAUCUCGUGCUGAUCCCCUACAAGGACUACUACCUAAAGUCUCUCGGUGGGAUGGGGCCGCUCGUGCUGGUGCACAAAGUUUUUAGCUCCAUCGUGUUUCUCGACCCCCGCACGCUGCGCGCCGGCGAGGUGACGGGGACGCUGUACUGGAAGAAGCCGUUUGCGUCAUUGCAAACCUCCCGCGAGUUUGUCGAAUUCUACGUCCUCGAGUGCCAGCUGAUGCCUGUGACGAACGGCAUCUAUCAGCUGGGUCUCGUCACGGUGUGCUUGUCGAGCGAGGUCGGCGAGGGCCGGGAGUGGGUCACCCAGUCCCACCUGGGCGGUGUGCUGCACCCCGGGGACCUGGUGAAGGGCUACCUCCUCGAGGGCCGCGUGUUUAACAACGAGGACCUCGACGAGCGCCGGUACAAGCCGGAGCAGCUGCAGGACGUCAUCCUCGUGCGCAAGCACUUCCCAUCACAGAAGGCGAACCGCAACCGUCGUCUGUGGAAGCUGAAGAAGCUCGACAUUGUGACGGCAGUGGGGGAGCCGACCUCCGUCAGCGGCCCGGCCCGCCGCAACGACAGCGCGAACGCGAACGACGACGAGGGCGAGUUCGAAGACGAAGUCGAGCGCGACGCGGAGCUGCGGAAAGACAUUGCGAUUUACCGUCUCUCGGAGGAGGAGGUGGCGGCGAGGCGCGGCGCCGCCGCAGCAGCAACGGUGCCGGAUGAGGAGGCGUACGACGAUGAGGAACUGCCGGAGGUGGCGCAGGAGGAGAUGUUGGAUGAGCUGCAGGUGGAUGAGGAGGUGGUGAAUGCGGGCGACGAGAACGUGCUGGUGGCGGUCACCGACGAGGACAACGGCAACGAGGAGGUGGCUGAUAUCCGCAAGAAAGUGCGGAUUGAGUAG